AUGUCAAACAGCACCAGCCAUUUUCAGGAAAUAACAGAUGACAACUUUUUCAUAUGGAUUUAUCCGGAUGGUCGAAUUUGGUAUGACACCAGAAUUUCAGUUGUAAGUUGCUUUGAAAAUAACCGUUCACGUUUGUCAAACCUCUGUAAAGAAGUUUACAUUGAAGCGCUCUUUCAGAUUGUGUCUUGCAACAUGGACUUAUGGAAAUAUCCACUGGACUCUCAGAAUUGCCCUCUCCGGAUAUUAUCCUAUGCGUACCCUGAAUCAACUUUACGCCUGAUUUGGUUUCUAGCAGAGGAUGGAACUCCGGCCAUCGAUCGAAACCGGGAAAUUACCAUGCCUGAUAUGCAGCUCAAGGACAUUCAAACGGGUUACUGUAAUGGCACAUAUGCAACUGGAGUUUGGAGUUGCAUAUCGGCCGUAUUUUAUGUGGAGCGGGAAAUGAUGCACCAUGUAAUGCAAACGUAUCUACCCACAGCCUUGAUAGUAGUUAUAUCAUGGUUUAGUUUCUGGCUUGAUGUUGACUCAGCUCCUGCUCGGGUGACGUUAAGCAUUACAACGUUACUCACCAUCUCUACCCAAGCAAAUGCGGUCAAACUUGCAUUGCCAGAGGGUACGUUAAUUUCUUUACCGACACAGUUGAGGCUUCCCCUUGUUCGACCAUAUGAAUAG